GAGGAGGAGGAGGAAGAGCGGAACGAGGCGAGUCCCUGCCAAGCGAGGAAAUGGCUGCAGCAAAAGAGGCGAAGGCGACCACCGGGUCUCUGCUCCAAGGGGGCCUGGCUCCAGAAGUGAAAAUGGAGGUGCAGGACCCAGAAACGGAGCCAGGCGUGAAGAUGGAGCCCGGCGUGAAAAUGGAGGAGCGGGACUCCGCAGGCCCCGCAGCGGGGUUGGGAAGGGAAGGAGGAGCAGCCGCAGCAGCAGCGCUCCUGCUAAGAGGAGCCAAGAGGAGGAGGGAGGAGGAGGAGGAGGAGGAAGCCGGGCCGCGGGUGAAGCAGGAGCCGGAGGAAGGGCCCUCGGGCAGCUGGGACGCCCGGCUGCAAGAGUUCCUGAAGACCCUGCAGGAUCACCGCUCCGGGGAGGAGAGCCCGCCCGUGCCCGCGCAGGGCCCGUGGGGCGACCCUAAAGCCCCGCAAGGCCCCGCGCAGGGAGCGGCGGAGGCCCACAAGUGGCCCGGAGAGGUGUGGGUCCCGCCGACCCAGCCCCACCUGCUCGGGCAGGAGCGCGAGGCCGCCCCGGGGCCCAAGGGGCAAGAAGGCACUUUCGACCGAGGGGCCGCCGGGGUGGAGGCGCAGCGCCGCCGCUUCCGCGCCUACCGCUACGGGGAGGCCGGCAGGCCCUGGGAGCUUUGCAAGCAGCUCCGCGAACUCUGCCGGCAGUGGCUGAUGCCGGAGAGGCACACCAAGGAGCAGAUGCUGGAGCUGGUGACCCUGGAGCAGUUCCUGGCCAUCCUGCCGCUGGAGAUGCAGAGCUGGGUGAGGGCGAACAAGCCCGAGACCUGCGCCCAGGCCGUGACCCUGGCGGAGGGUUUCCUCCUGCAGCAGCGAGAGGCCAAAGGCUGGGGAGAGCAAGUCUCGGGGACAUCAGAAGAGAAGUCCGUAAACCCCCCUAAGGCAACCCAGGCUCUGCCAGAAACAGUGAAGAUGCCGCUUUUGGCAGAAGUCAAGCAGGAAGUUGACGAGAGUAGAAACGUCUCAGCAGGCGACGGGUGGCUGAGCGAAAGCGAGGAAGAGAAGCCCUUCGUGGGGAGUCUGGAGCAACAGAGCACCUCCUUCCAAGCAGCCAGAGAGAAGACGUUCCUCCAUCAGGGAGAAGCGGGUGAGAACCGCCAGCGGGCAGCGAGGCAGAACGGAAAUGAGGAUGAGAAGGGAGCGGAGCCACGUCUUGUGUCAGGAGCUGCUUGCAAAGAGGUCCAGGAAUCCACCAGCCAGGAGGAGGAGCAUGAGGAGAAAUACGACAUAAGUGGGGAGAGCGCCGGCCAAAGCUCACAGCUUGCUACUCACAAGAGCCCCGCCGGACAGGAGCAGCCCUACAAGUGCUGGCACUGCGGCCAGAGUUUCAGCAGCAGCGCGGAUCUUCUGUCGCAUGAGAGGACCCACGUGGGCGAGAAACUGUAUAAAUGCUCCCAGUGUGGCGAACACAAGAGAGUCCACAUAGGGCAGCAGCCGCAUAAAUGCUCCCACUGUGGGAAUAUCCUUGUGAGUAACGCUCAAGAGGGAAUCAAUCCCGGAGGGAAAACGUACGUCUGUUCAGAGUGCGGGAAGGGCUACACUCGGAUCACGGAGUUCAUCAAACACCAGAGAUCGCACAGGGGUGAGAAGCCUUACUCGUGCCCGUCAUGUGGGGAGAAGUUUGGGAGCAGCAGCCACCUUCAGCUACACCAGAGGAUCCACACAGCUGAGAACCCCUACCAGUGUUCGCACUGUGGGAAGUGUUUCAGGUGGAGCUCGCACUUGGCAGUCCACGAGCGCACCCACGAGGCUGAACAUGACGAGACCCCUCCGGCGGAAGAGUCAUUUGUGUGUUUCGCCUGUGGGAAAACGUUUGAAGUCAGUUCAGAAUUGGUUGCUCAUUUGCAAACCCAUGCCUAAAAGCUUUUGGGAAGUUCAGUCUCCAGGAAAAGGCAGUGAGCGUUGUGCUUUUUAGUGUGAUCUUUACCAGUAAAAAGAUGUUAACCUAGAGCGCAUAGCCCAGCCCACGUAUAAUAGCAGCAAAUUGUGAGUUAAUUAACCCAGGAUUGGCCAGGGAUGGUGGAGCACACAAGCCACUUCCAGGUUGCAAAACAAUCUACAGUUGCUGCAUUCGUAGGUUGUCAGGGUGAUGUACAAAUGUGGACACUUUGGGGUGCUUGUGGGUUAAACAACCUAAAGAUAACCUAUGAUUUGUUCUUGGGUUAAGCUUGGUUAAAUUUUUAACUCACAAAUAACUCAAUUUUCCAGGGUUGAUGUCACACUAACAACCUUCAAACAUGCAAUUGUAGAUUGUUUUGCAACUCAGGUGUAGUGGCUAAGGUGUUGGACUGGGAGUUGGGAGAUCCGGGUUCUAGUCCCCACUCGGCCAUGGAAACCCACUGGGUGACUUUGGGCCAGUCAUAGACUCUCAGCCCAACCCACCUUACAGGGUUGUUGUUGUGAGGAUAACAUGGAGAGGAGGAGGAUUAUGUAUAUUACCUUGGGUUCCUUGGAGGAAAAAAGGCAGGAUAUAAAUGUAAUAAAUAAAUAAAUAAAUGUGCUUCAGGCAUCUCUGGCAAACCUUGGGUUAAUUAUCACACAAUUUGCUGCUGUUACAUGUAAACUAGCCGUAUGUGAAAAAGAGUCCAAGUUUAACAGCAUUUCAGAGUGUUUUUUUUUUAAAAAAGAGACGCUCCCUCACUGUUCUGAUAACGGAAGACAUUUCUGGCCUAAUAGUUCAGCUGUCUUCGAGCUUGCAGGAAAACCCAUUCUUAAAGAAGCUAGAAAAAAAACACAUAUGCUAGGGAAAUACAACCAUUUCCAGCAGUGUACUCUGCAACUCGCCCAGCGGAGAGUCUUAUGGCACCUUAAAGCAGGGGUCCCCGUCCUUUUUACGUUGGUGGGCACUUUUGGAAUUUUGAAUGUGUCAUGUCUACUCUCUCAAAAUGGCUGCCAUUUGGAGGUGUCCUUGCUCAUUCAUAAAAUGGCUGCCACAGUGGGCAGGGCUAGUCACAAAACAACUCAUUUCCAAGAAGGCAAACUGGUGAGGCAAAAAGAAAACUAGCCCAAGAAACUAAUACAAGGCAGAAGUGGGGUAUAAGCUUCAAAACAGAAAACUUGAACCCGAAUAAAGACGGCGCUGGAGGACCGCACUUUACUCUGCAGCAUGGCAACCUCGGAGUUUUUUUAAAAUUAUUUUUAAAAAAUAUUAAGAAAAUUAAAUUCAGGAGGGGCAGAGAGCCUGGUGGAGACCCAAGAGGUGACCAUGGGCAAUGGGUGCCACGUUGGAGACCUCCGCCUCAUGUUCAGGGUUUGAAGAAAGAUUUAUAUACCGCUUGAUUCUUGCAGUACACCAGUGAACCCAGACAGGUGAGAAUCUGUCUAGAGAUUCACACUCUGAGAAGUGUUUCAGUCAGAGUUCACACUUCAUCUUCCAUGAGAGAAUCCACACGGCGUGUCCUCCUGUGGGAAAAGCUUCCUUCGAAAACCAGAGGUUGUUGAACAUGAGGGGACCCAUACAACAACGGAGGAGUCGUGGGCAUGACUCACCUGUGGGCUUCUGAACUGGUUGCUCAUAUGUAAACCCACACAGGGAAGCAAUUCAGGAGCCUGGCCAGUGGGAAAACAUUCAGGGACAGUUUGUAAUGCACCAUGCCUCAGAAAAUCCAUACAGGAGAGAAGCAGCAUAAAAGUUCCCACUGUGGAAAAAGCUUUAACCCCAGGGUUGUUGAACCUCUUUCAACCUCAGGGACAAAUUCCAGUUUUGCCAUCUCGGGAACCUAGCGGAGCUGGACUUUGCCCGCAGCCCUCAGGUUCUGCGUCGCUGUUGUGGAAGGAUGACUCCUCGGUGGGCUCGUUCUGAUCCUUGUUUUCGGUUCGACCAAUGAACAAAACAAGAGCUCCCUCUUUUUUUUGAUGUUUUCAAAUUGUAAAUGCAAACACACAAUAACCUUGUCUUUAUUGUUACUUGUCGGCAUUUUGCCAUUUUUCAUUCUUUGUGACUCAGUAAAGUUUGGCUUAAAAUCAAA